AUGAACCGUUUGAUGUUAUUGGUUAAUACGGUCCUGCUUGUUAUAACAUGGACGGCAAACGGUGCACAAGGAUGUUCCUGCCUCCCUCAACAUCCACAAAGCCAGUUUUGUUCUGCUGAUUUCGUGUUCUAUGGUAAAGUGCUGAGGGAACAAGUCAAACAAGCACCUGAUGAUCCUUAUGAAAAUGAAGUAGUGAGGAAAUAUACAAUGCAAAUUUUGCAUACAAUGAAGGGCAUUUCCGCUCGUGUUGACAGAGAAAUAGUUGUCCAGUCUACAGGGAAUAGUGGUAUGUGUGGAAUGUCCCUUCAAGUAGGCCAACAGUAUGUUAUUAUGGAGAAUGAUGGUAUGUGUGGGAUGUCCCUUCAAGUAGGCCAACAGUAUGUUAUUUUGGGUUAUAGAAGCGGAAGGAAGAAAACGUUUGGAUUUUGUGAUUUUGUAAAGAGAACAAGUAGUUUGUCAUUUGAGGAAACGUUUUACUUAUUUACCACUGGUCCAUAUUCAUACUCGAAAAACUGCAAGAAUGGAUGUGACGACAUAAACGAUAGUUCGAAAGGAUGCCAUUUCUCAGAUUCACAUCAACACUAUGAAUCCUCUGAUUGUUUGUCCAGGUCAGCAUUAUGUCGUAAGGAGAAAGGAGUCUGUAAAUGGUAUAACCACGAACAGUGUCCAUCAGCUACAACACGACAAACCACCCGGACAACACCAGUAUAUCGUCCACUACCAAUCAAGAAAAGUUAG